AUAGGAUCUAUGCAGCAACAACCAACUAAAACCCAACCCGAAAAAAGGCCUAUAAGAAGGGACAACUCUUCUCCGCUCCUGUUACUAUUCCUCUUCGUUCUCACUCACUAUCCGGCACACUCUUCGUGCUCUCCGCUACUUUCUCCAAAUCCUUUCUCUAUUUUUCUCUUGCUCUCUCUUUCUUUCCGUCCAUCAAAUGGCUUCUAUUACAGGUUCAUCUGUUACCAUGUCAUGCUCCUUGAAGCAAAAUCAGGCACUUAACCGAGUUUCCAAUUUGAAGAUGUCUUCUCUUUCAUUCAAGGGGAUAAGCUUCUCUUCCAUCAGAUUGAAUCCAGCCACUCGCCGCCUCACUAUUACUUGCGCGGUAGCUAAGCCAGAGACGGUCAACAAGGUGUGUGAGAUUGUGAAGAAACAACUGGCUCUUUCUGCUGAAACUGAAGUCAGUGGAGAGUCAAAGUUUGCUGCGCUUGGUGCUGAUUCUCUUGAUACGGUGGAGAUAGUCAUGGGACUUGAGGAAGAGUUUGGCAUUUCCGUAGAAGAAGACAGUGCUCAGAGUAUUGCAACAGUUCAAGAUGCUGCAGACCUGAUUGAGGAUCUCAUUUCAAAGAAAGCUUGAGACGAACUGAACUUAGAGCCUCAGCUAGUUGCAUUCACUAGGGUAUCUCAUUUUGGUUAUUUCUUUACAAUUCAAGAUGCUGCAGUUUGCAAUAUUGAACUGUCUCUAGUUAAAAGACUAUUUUAUCAGAGAGGAACCUUCGUGGACAAUCUUAUAUGUUUUCCGUUGGACCCUGCAAUACUAGUUAUACUAUUUAUCACAUCAAGUUUGUUCUUGAGAAUUGACCUCCAUGGUGAACAAGAUAAGCCUUUAAUGUCCAAGGAAACUCAAAGCUUCAUUUUU